AUGCGGCUUCAGGAAAACCUGGUUUGGCUAAAAGAUUCGGCGAAUGCCAAGAAAGCUGUCGUCACCGAGACAGACGUUUCACUUGCAAACAAACUUGCGGCGCUGUCCAAUCUCAAGCGGUGUCCGGGAAACGCAUCGAACGAUGAAAUAACCCAAUACAUGAUGCGUAAGUUCGGCAUACUGAAGCAAAUGCUGCCCCUCAUAAGCCAGUGUACCCCGGAAUUCAAGCAGACGUACGUCAUGGGCAACGAGUUCGUGCGGUACGUUGUUGCCAUGACCGUGAAAAACCAGCACCUGCUCACGAAGGAAAUCCUAACAGAGGCACUCGAUUUUCUCGUGGUCCUGGAGUCACCGGAUGUUCGUGACGUGCUGUUCAUGCUUUUAGGCGCCCUCCAUAAAAUGCCCGACACGGAGACAUUGUGCCUGAAACACUGCAACAACCUGUUGCUACUUCUGCAGAAUACUGGAGGUCGUGUUGACACCAAUGAGAUAUACGAUUUGGUAACCAGCGUGAUCUUCAAGGUUAUAAUCGCAGGCAUCGACAUUGACGCCUUGGGUGCUGCGUUGUCGGUGCUGCAUAUAAUGCGUGAGCAUUACCCUGAGGACAAGCAGCUGCAAGAACUUACGACGAUCUACAUUGGCGAAUUAAAGCGCCAUAUAUACGCGCUGGAACCCGCUGCGCUGCUUAAUGUGCUCCAGUUCAUGUACAGGACUGCAUACGCAGACGAUGCCCUCUACACCUCUGCCAUGGAGGCGCUACUGUACAAUUUCGACCUGAUGACGUCUGAAGAGAAGAGCACGCUCUUAUUAAUGUUGCCAUUCUUGAAACACAUGUGCCUCCUCCUGACUCCAAACAUCGCAACGAACGUGUACAGCGAAGAGUGCCAAAUGCUCAACGCCGCCCUCAGGAAGGAAUUCGAACACAAGAUCGAGUACAUGCCAUUUGAAGAAAUGAUCACAUUUUGCCUGGCCAUAUCACUCAUGUUCAAGCAGAGUGGCGUGGUAAGAAAACUGCUGUUGAAGAACAUUCAAAAACCCAUGGUGGCGGCUGUCGAUGGAAAAACGUUCUUGAAACUGUUGGCGUGCUGUAAUACUCUGCACAUCAAUAGUUCGUACGUGGAUGUUUCGCGCUUGCUUUCGAAGAUGGCACGUGGCAAAUUGGCCGGUGGCACAGGUCCAGAACUGCUACAGGCGUUCAAGAGCCUGGCGCAGAUAUCUGCAAAGAGGCAUAGGAAGUACCUCAUACCGCUUGUGCAGGAUGCUCUGGAAAAGAACAAGUCUGAUGUGGCGGCUAUAAUAGAUUGUUUACAUCUGUAUGUGACACUCAACAUGCAACGCAUCAACGCCAAUGUAUUAGAGUCUGGAUUCUCCCUACUCUUUCCGCACCUGAACCCGCGAAAUCAGAUCAACGUAACUCAAAUACAAUGUGGAAGCGCCGAAGUAGUAACCGAUAAAGUGGCAGAGGAGGUUCUGGGGCACUUGUCGGCUGGGCAAUGUGAAGGGCUUGGCGCCACGGGUGAGGGUGUCAUGGUCAAUGAUUGUUGCGACCCAUCCUCAGUUUCUACCCCGGCACAUCACGAAGGAACCUUGCGUACGGAUAAUAAAAUGGCAGUUAAAAAGGAUACCGAUCUACUUUACAUAGCAAAGUCGGGCAGUGUCGCAAAAGACAUUCCACUCCGCGGCCUUAUCAAACUUUUGGAGUGCUUAACUAAAGUUGAACUGGAUAUAUCCCAUGUUCAGCCAAUAGCCAGCCUCAUACAGACUUCCAUACUACAAAAGGUGAAAUACAACAGCACGGUCAGUAUGGUGGACCUAACCGCAGUGUUGAAGCAGCUAACGGAGUCGCGGAUAGUAUGCGCUGAAUUAGCGGAUGUGAUACUCGACCGUGUAUACAACUGCCCCGAUCUAUUGGAUGAUCUAGAAUGCGCCGCCACGAUAUUACAGUUCAUAGAAUUCACGAAUCACGGGGACUAUGCAACAAAGUUGUCACAACCGCUGUUCGAAUUCUGCCUGAGGAAGCCCACUACCACCCUCAUGGAAGUGCUGGACUACCAGAAAUACAGACGGCCUGACUUCUACACAGCAUAUAUGGAGAUGAUGCAGCCUGCGCCAUACGAUGUCCCAGACAGGCUAGGAGGAGUGGUUGAACACACCCCUAUUAUGGGCACUGACGUUGAGGCGCUGGCACGAGAUUUGAGACUACCUCAAGCAACCGGAGGCAAAAGUCAUCACGUAUUGAAGCAGUGGAUUGAUAAGCACGAUAAUGGGCACGAGUAUGUCGAAUUCCAUAAAAUCGAUAACCUGGUCGUCGACUUCUACUACCCUGGCCUUCGUACGGCAGUGCAAGUUAUUAAAAGACAGGACUACUACGCUUGUCACCGAGGUGUGCAUCUGAAGAGCAAGAUGUGGCUUUUCUGCGAUCUACUUCGAAUGAGGGGGAUCCGCGUAAUCGUGGUUCCGGAAACACGGUUGCAGGCGGAAAACGUCGCGGAGUCCACACACAUACAAAUUAAACAACACUAA